AUGUCUGACCACGUACAGGAUGAAAACAUACGCGUGCAGUCAGCGUCGGCAGCGCUGCCUCAGCCACACCAGCACAGCCUGGUGGCGCGCUGCUUCAGCCACGACCCUUCCUUCUCUGGCAACCUCGCCCCCGAGUACCUGCCGCCCCCUGUCACCUCUUUCAGCCAGUCAGCCAUCUCCAGCCAGUCAGCCAUGUCCAGCCACGACACGGCUGCCUCCAGAGCCAUUGAUGUCCCCAGCCAUAACUUCCCUCGAUACGAUUACUCUCCUGACCUGCUGGACGAUCCUGAGCUGCGAGCUGGCAAGCACAGAAAACUACUGCGCUUUCCGUCGUACUUGACAUCGCUGAUUGACUACGCGAAGCCUGACGAGCUGAAGCGGGAGGUGAACGAUAAGUUCCGUACCAAGUUCCCGCACGUGCGGAUCACGCUCACCAAACUCCGCAGCCUGAAGCGGGAGAUGGUGCACAUAUGCCAGCAGUCAUUCAGCAGCAGCACAGCGUCAGAGGGCUGGGCACUGCUGACGGUGGCCCACGCCCACAGUUACUUCGACAGUCUCUGUCUCAACGGCUCCGUGUACAAGGCUACACGCAAGCCUCUGGCCGGCGCCUGCCUCCUCAUCAGCGCCAAGAUCAACGAUGUUAAGGGCGA